AUGGAAGAACGACUGGCCACGGAAGUCAGUUUUUCAGAGCUCAGCAGAUCAGACUUAAAUUCAUUAAAGAUGGCACAGAAGACCAGCAGCCUAAUACAAAGAUGCAGAUUUCUUCUCUUAAUGAUUCUAUUUCUGCCACAUGUGAUGACAAGUUCUUUUUUAAGUGUGAAUGGUAAAACUGAAAACUAUAUUCUGGACACUGAGCCUGGCCUCCAAGAGUCUCUGAAAUGUGCUGUUCAAAACCACACCCGAGAUGAAGAGCUUCUCUGGUACCGCGAAGAUGGGAGAGUGGAUUUGAAGUCUGGAAACAAAAUCAACUCCAGCUCUGUCUGUGUCUCAGGCAUCAGUGAAAAUGACAAUGGCAUCACCUUUACCUGCAAGUUGCAGAGGAAUCAGUCGAUGUCCAUCUCAGUGGUGCUGAAUGUCACUUUUCCUCCUCUCCUAAGUGGAAAUGACUUCCAAACAGCUGAGGAAGGCAGUGAUGUGAAGUUGGUUUGCAAUGUGAAAUCCAACCCCCAGGCUCAAAUGAUGUGGUAUAGAGACAGUGGCAUCUUGAAUUUAGAGAACCAUCACCGAAUCCAACAGACAAGCGAGUAUCUUCAACUGUCGAUCACCAAAGUCAAGAAAUCUGACAAUGGGACUUACAGCUGUAUUGCCAGUUCACUGAUAGAAACAAAGACCAAGGACUUUCACCUUAUUGUCAAAGAUAAAGCCUCGACUGUACCAAUAGAACCCAUUAUUGCUGCAUGUGUUGUUGUCUUUCUGACCUUGGUCUUUGGACUGAUUGCCAGAAGAAAAAGAAUAAUGAAGCUCUGCAGAAAGGAUCAAGGCCCCCAGUGCAGAACAGCUUUGUAA